AUGAGCGCAGCCGCUACCAACGCAGCAGUAGCUCCUGUUCCAGCUGCAGGUUGGGUUCAACCAGCACCGAAGAUUGCAGCUCCAGCAAAGAAAGAAAUCCUUCCGAACCUUCCUCAUGACGCUUCUACCAUAGCACAGACGCUCAACGUGGAAGUUUGCACUAUGAUACAGCAAGCCUCGGUGAUGAAAAGUGUGCUCGAGAACAUACAGAAGAUGCAUGGAGGAGAAUGGAACCCUCAUUAUGCUUGA